GAUAUCUACACCGCAAGGCCACAAAUCGCACGAAACGCUCGAGAAAUUGCAUGUCAUGGAAGUGCAGGAGGUGCAAUUGACAACCCCCCAAACCCAUUAUGUCUUUCUGGGGCCACAUGACGAGAGCUACAGUGGCCCAUUAUCGGGGUCUGUGGAAAUCAUCAUUGCCUCGUCCAAUAUCGACUCUUCCGACUACCCCAAGCUCAGUGUCAGGCUUACACGCACAGUUGCCUUUGAACGUCGAUGUGCCGCUAUGGCUCCUCGGCGUAGCAGUGGUUUCUUUAAAUGCUUGCGACGACGAAGGGUAAUCCAAGCUCAGCUUACUCCUAUCCGAGGGCAAAGUGCUUCGAGCACCGAGACGAUAACCCGGUGUGAUCUCUGGCACACGCAGCACCACGUGGAACAUCAUCAGGACCGGGGAACGACGAGCUUGAAAUUCAACUUCGGGAUUCCUGUUCCUUUUGAUAUCCCCCCGACGACGGAAACGGUGCUAGGGACCGUCUCAUAUAUGAUUACAGCGACAUCCACGUCCACAAUUGGGACGACAGCAACAGCGACGCGACCGAUUCAAAUACUACGGCGUGCUAUUCCGGGUUAUGCUCGAACUAUUCAGCACGUGCGAACCUUCCGCAGUGAUCGAGUGAGGCUAUUUCUAGAUAUUACACCCAAGGAAUCCCCAGGUCCGGGUAACAAAGCUUCAUAUACCGCGAGAUUAUGUGCCAAACAAACUAUCACGGAGGGUCCACGGACAGCGCAGAUGAGGCAUGUGGUGAUUAAAGAGCUGAAAUGGCGGUUUGAAGAAACGGCCAGGGCCUUAUCAAAACCCAGCCAUCAUGAGACUCAGGAUGCAAUCUACCACAAGGAGCAAUGUGUACGUCAAUUAUGCCAUGGGAGAGUGACAGGUCGGUGGAGCGCAACUGGUGGCCGGCCCAAAACUGAAGCGACAGAUGACAUGAUUCAAAUAUCCUUUGAUGUCAGCAUUCCAGCAAGCGCAGAUGCUGUGGAGGUCUUAGAGAUGUCUGCAAUUGACACCAAACAGGCAUGUCUCCAUCAAGGACCAUGCGAGUGCCCUGCUCGCACACAUACAGAUGACGAAAAAGCUGCCAUCAUUGCAAGCCACCAAUUGAAGCUGGACAUCAUCGCGGGAGAAGACAUUAUCGACCAGGAGACCGGGAGGCUUGUGGAUCGAAAGCCCUUGUGGAAGUCGUUCGGGGCCUUCUUCCCAAUGCCAGUAUAUGAGUUCAUGUCUUCACAGGAAAUCCCUAAUGCUGUCUUCCCUUCCAACGAUACGCUCCCGAUGUAUGAUGUGACAUCGAAACCCCCGAGCUAUGGUGCUUUGCGAUAGAUCCCCCAUAUCAACAAGAAUAGAUCAUUCGUGGCCACUGGAUGAUACCUUCUGGAUAAAUUAGUCUGACUUGUCUAAAUGUAAAUGGGGCAAACCUACAUAUGGCGC